AUGCCUCACCCCUACACGAAAAAGGAAGAUAUCCUGAAACUCGGUGAAAUGGACCCCGAGCUGGCGGAGCAUCUUCGAACGACAGAAUAUCCCUCAGUAGAUUACGGUGAUCUAGCCAGCUUCAAGGCCUUUGCUGAGCGCCGCAAUGAGCAACUCGGCAAGAUGCUUGGCGAGCCUCCUUCGGAUAUCAAACAGUCAGAAACUCACUAUACGACGAGAGAUGGCACGAAGAUGCGUGUAAAGGUAUACAAACCUGCUUCUCCGCCUGCUGAGGGUUCAGCGCUUAUCGUGCUGUAUCACGGUGGUGGCUUCUGUAUUGGUAGCCCGGAAGGUGAAGAGCAGACAUGCCGCAACCUUGUUCAAGCAUUCGGUUCCGUCUGUGUUAGCGCCUCGUAUCGUCUGGCGCCCGAGUUCAAAUUUCCCCAUGCGCCCAACGACUGCUGGGACUCAUUGAAGUGGGCAGCGGCGAACGCAAAAGAGCUUGGCGCCGACCCAAGCAAGGGUUUCAUUAUCGGUGGAACGUCGGCAGGAGGUAAUCUGACAGCUGUACUGGCUCAUCUUGCUCGGGAUGAAGGCCUGCAGCCACCACUGACAGGACAGUAUCUUGCUAUUCCUGCUCUUGGUGGUGGCAAGUUGAUUCCGGAGAAGUAUAGGGACCGUUGGUUGAGCUUCGAGCAGAAUGUCGAAGUGCCAGUGCUGCCAGUCUCAGCUGUCAACAUGUUCAUGAAGGGAUAUGAACCUGACAGCGAAUCGUACGAAUUGUAUAAUGUCAUCGCUCAUCCUAAAGGCCACAAAAACAUGCCUCCGACGUUCUUCCAGAUCGACGGCAUGGAUCCAUUGAGAGACGAAGCUCUUAUCUAUGCAACGAUGUUGGAGGAUGAUAACGGUGCGAAGACCAAGGUUGAUGUUUACCCCGGUUUACCGCAUGGACACUGGGGCUUCUUUCCAAUGUUGGAGUCUAGCAAGCGAUUCCGCAAGGAGCAGGUUCAAGGGUUCGGCUGGCUGCUUGGUAAGGAACCUGAGGUCGAAAAGGUCACAACACAGAUAAACCCAACCACGCUGUAA